CUUGAAAAAAUCAAAGGUCGCAAUGCAAUUAUUUUCGAAAAAAGUCCAAGUGCCCUUAUUUCAAAGUCAUUAUGGUCAAAAUUGGAAUAAACGGUUUCGGACGAAUUGGCCGUUUAGUAGUACGACGUUGUUUUCAAAAACUAAGAGAUGCCCGUUGUUCGGCUUCUGGAGACUCCCCUCAAGUGGUGGCUGUCAACGAUCCUUAUCUCUCAGCCGACCACAUGGCCAAUUUGCUUAAAUAUGACUCCACACAUGGGCUAUUCCAAGGGGAGAUUAGUGUCAUAGGGAGCAGUCUCAAAGUCGACGGCCAAAUUGUUGACAUUACCAACGAAAAAAACCCGGAAAAAAUUCCAUGGGCAAAAAGCUGCCCCAAAUACGUCGUCGAUGCCACCGGACUCUACAAAAGCUACGACAAAGCUUCCGCGCUUAUUCACGACACUGUUGAACGCGUGGUGCUCACGUACCCCUCCAAAGAUGACAUCCCCAUGUUUGUCUUCGGUGUAAACCAAGACAACUACUGCAACGAACUCAAAGUUGUUUCUAACGCUUCCUGCACCACUAAUUGUCUAGCCCCCCUUGUUAAAGUCAUUCAUGACAAUUUCAAAAUUGAGUGCGGUCUUAUGACCACCAUUCACGCUAUAACCCCCUCACAAAAUACCCUAGACGGGCCUGCAAAAAAAAACUACCGAAUCGGUCGUGGGGCUUUACAAAACAUAAUCCCAACAAGCACUGGGGCUGCAAAAGCCAUUGGCAAAAUAAUCCCAGAAAUGGACGGGAAAUUGACCGGGAUUGCAGCACGUGUCCCAGUGGCGGAUGCCUCAAUGGUCGACCUGACCGUAGUCAUUGACACUCCCGCUGAUUACGAAGUCAUCAAAUGCAAAGUUAAGGAAGCCGCUGAUGGAUAUUUGAACGGCAUUUUGGCUUACACUGACGACCAAAUUGUCUCAUCUGAUGUAAUCGGCGACUCGAGAUCUUCGAUUUUUGAUGCAGGGGCUGGUGUGGCCCUUACUCGAAACUUUAUCAAGUUGAUCAGUUGGUAUGAUAAUGAAUGGGGCUACGCGUGCCGUGUUGUUGAUUUGUUAAAGUACAUGUCGUCGAGAGAGUGUGAUAAUUAAAAUAAAUUAUUUUUUGAACUAUGA